CCCCUUCCGCCCCCAUUCCAGGGAAGUCGGGCCACGUUUGAUGGUGUCUCACCUCCCCUUCCUCCUCAGAUCAACUAAAAUACCGCACACGGCCUACAGACUUCCGAGCCAGAGAGGAUACGAAGAUGAGCAGCUCGGAGGAAGUGUCGUGGAUCUCCUGGUUCUGUGGACUGCGAGGCAAUGAGUUCUUCUGUGAGGUUGAUGAAGAUUAUAUUCAGGACAAGUUCAAUCUGACCGGCCUGAAUGAGCAGGUGCCCCAUUACCGCCAAGCGUUGGAUAUGAUUCUGGACCUUGAGCCCGAUGAGGAGCUGGAAGACAAUCCAAACCAAAGCGACCUUAUCGAGCAGGCUGCCGAGAUGCUGUAUGGACUGAUCCACGCUCGCUAUAUCCUCACCAACCGAGGGAUUGCUCAGAUGCUUGAGAAAUACCAGCAGGGAGACUUUGGCUACUGCCCUCGAGUGUACUGUGAGAACCAGCCCAUGCUUCCUAUUGGUCUGUCUGAUAUCCCCGGUGAGGCAAUGGUCAAGCUGUACUGUCCCAAGUGCAUGGACGUUUACACACCAAAGUCCUCGCGACAUCACCACACGGAUGGAGCUUAUUUUGGGACAGGCUUCCCCCACAUGCUGUUCAUGGUGCAUCCAGAGUACAGACCCAAGAGGCCAGCUAACCAGUUUGUUCCCAGGCUAAUCUGAUGGUCCUCAACUCCCCUUUCCUGCCUCCGCCCCAUCGCCAUUGAUUCCGUUACUGAUUUUAACAAUCUGCGUCAGUCUACAAUUAACAACCCAGCCUCGACAGUCCUCUGCAGUGAUGAAUCCCACACAUCUUCCCAUAUCAUAUUCAGUUGGUAAGAUUUUGUUCACUCAUUUAACGCCGUCUGUAUCCCUCUGGUAGAUUUGUGUCGUACUCAACGACUGCUUAACCAGCUAUUUCAUCAGCAAACACAGCUAUAGUGCAUUCACCUCCCUCCUACAUCGUAAAUAAUUGUGGCCCUAACACUGAUCCCUGUGGCACACCACCAGGUUACCAGCCUGGAAAUGCUCCCCUUUAUUCCUACUCUGUCUUCCAUUAGUUAGCCAAUCCUUUUUUUCAUGUUAAUAACCAGCCUGCAACACCACAGGCUCUUGGCUCACUAGGCUAAAUGUAUGUGUUAUCAAAAAGCCUUUUGGAAAUCAAGUACGCUACAUCUCCUGGCUCCCCUUUACCUAUCCUGCUGGUUUCAUGCUCAAAGACCUGUAAUCAGCUUGUCUCGGGCACUAUUUCCCCUCAUGAAGCCAUGUUGAUUCUGCUUAUAAUUUUAUAGUUCCAAAUGCUCGGUUAUUACACCCUCUAAAGGAGACUGACUUUUUCCCAUUGAUUGUAUGCUUAUGUGGCUUUUAAUUAUCUGUUUAUUUUGGCUCCCUUAAGUAAAAGUGUUAGACUAGCAGUUUUCCAUUCCUGCCUUUAAGGAUUCCUGGAAGACAAUGACUAAUGUAGCACUGUUUCUUUAAAUUCCUAGGAUGCAUCCCAUCAGGUCCAGGGGACUUUCAGUCUUUGGCCCCAAUUUUUUUUCCUCUAGUGAUUGUUACU